AUGGCGGAGUACAACUCCCUGCUCAGCGACCUGUCCGACAACAUCACCAACGAGGACCUGGAGCAGCUCAAGUCGGCGUGUAAGGAGGACAUCCCAGAGGAGCACAGCAACGCCAUCGCGUCCUGCAAGGAUUGGUUCACCUACCUGGAGAAGAAUGACAAGCUAGCGCACGACAACCUGUCGUACAUGGAGCACAUCUUCGAGAUCUCGCGGCGUCCCGACCUCCUGACCCGCGUGAUCGAGUACCGCACCACCGUGCUGAAGAUCGACGAGGACGACGAGAUCGACACGAAGCUCACGCGCAUCCCCUCGGCCAAGAAGUACAAAGACAUCAUCCGCCAGCCGUCCGAAGACGAGAUCAUCAAGUUGGCGCCGCCGCCCAAGAAGGCGUGA